GUAGCGAACCUAGAAACUGAAUAGUUGCGUUCUUUAUAGAAAGCUUUAACGUGUUUGCGCAAUAGCUAUCUUCGUAGUCGAAGCAUCCCAACGGACCCAAGUCACUGUACAAGUGUUUUAUCAAGUAUAGGUUAUAGGUCAACCCCGUAAACGGUAAAUAGAAACAUUCGUAUAAGAAUGGUUACAGUAUAUUCACGUGCAGCCAACGUCUUUCUCUAUAAAAGUACGACAUGUUCUCAAGCAACUGUAUUUCUCGCCGGUCUUUAUGCAGCCGUACUUAUUCUACCUGCACUCAUCGUCUACCACACUCAUGGUUUAUGGCGUCGUGUAGACGUCUUCUCCGAACAACCCAAAAUCGAUUUCAAGAAAGAUUUCAUCCUUUUACUGGACACUCGUGAUGGCGAUGUCAUCGCAGCCUCGCGUCCACAACAAGGACGAUUAAGCUCCAACUUGCCCAUUAUGCGUCUCGCGCAUUCGCCAACUGACACAAAUUUAGACCUUCGGCCAGAGCGGCACGAUAUUCGAUUCGUUGUUGACGCAGGCAACAUUACUGGAAUAAGACUUCUACUCAAACUAGAAGCUAGGCUUCAGACAAUGGCCGGGGUAUUGUCGAACUGCCUUGCAUAUAUUGAAUAUUCAAGCUCCCUAGUUGGAUCAUCUCUCAGCGUCACAGGCGACCUCCGUGUCACAUCGUCGUUUGUCAUUCCAUUCAAGUCUUACAGCGAUCUCAGAACGUCUUCCGAUUUUACAGAGCCACUUGAGCAUAUUUUGGAGGAACACUCAAAAUCAAAAGUCAAGUGUACGCUGGAGGGCACAACAAAGGUGUGGCGCCCUAAAACAAAGUCCGCUGCAGCUCCUGAUAGAUUCACUCUCUCUUUAACGUUAAAUACGGCGGAACAAUCUUUUACCUAUCGACCGGGACUAUCACAUAUUCUGAAGCUUGGUUGGAUGCAGUACUUCAGCGUAAUGGUCAUCUUCGCUGGUCUAGCAGUCAAACUCAAGAAGUGCGUCUUCGAAAACCAGAUUAUUGCUACUUAUUGCUCACCCGGACAUCCCUAUUGCAAGAUGCAAAAAUAAACAAAUCAGUUGAUUAUAGUAAGCUUAA